AUGCCAAAAGAAGCCGAAACAUCUGCUGGAGCAGCACGAGGAUCAGCAGCAGCAGCGGCAGUUCAUGUUUCACACCCUUUAUCCGGAACAUCAGCGGCAGUUCGAAUUCCCAUGAGGUUCUCGAUUUUCUCUCAUUUCGUCUCACUCAAGCGCUUCUCUGCUGCUGUGCUGCUGCUGCUCCUCCUCCUUCUCUUCUCCUCCUCAUCCUUUUGGCCCGAUUCCGAUCCGCCCCCAGAUUCAAUUACGGGCCAUAGACCUCGUCGUAGUCGUCGUCGUCGUCGUCGGUCGGAACACAUCGGCUGGGUCAUCGUCGCAGGGCGAAACGACGAAACCUCUUCACUAGGGGUUUCGUUUCUGUGCGGUGCGGUGCGUCGACGAUGGUGUGACACAGACACCCGUCGUCGACGACAACGAUGA